AUGGCACCGCGCGAAGAGACUCACAACGCCGGCGACGCGUCCGCCAACGCGACCGAGACGACUCCGCUGCUGGCGACCAAGGACAUCGCGCCGACCGCCGAUCCCCAGAUCUCACAAGCGACGACACUCAAUGACCCGGAGCCGCGCCAAGACGAUGCCGCCGCCGAGGAUGAGAAGCCGCUGCCCGUAUGGCAGAUAAUCUUCCUGUGCUAUGCCCGGCUGGUCGAGCCGAUGGCUUUCUUUGCCAUCAUUCCCUACGUCAAUCAAAUGGUCCAAGACAACGGAAAUCUCGAGGAGGCGGACGUGGGCUUCUACGUGGGCCUCGUUGAAUCUCUGUUUUCACUGACUCAGGCCUUCGUCAUGAUCUUCUGGGGAAAGAUUGCGGACCGGGUCGGCCGCAAGCCUGUGCUCGUGUUCUCACUGUUCGGAGUCGCUGUUGCUACCUCGAUUUUCGGUAUGGCAAAGACCAUUCCGCAGAUGCUCCUGUUUCGAUGUUUGGCUGGCGUUUUCGCUGGCACUAUCGUUACCAUCAGAACCAUGAUCGCAGAGCAUAGCACCCCGAAAACCCAAGCACGAGCAUUUAGUUGGUUCGCCUUCAGCGGCAAUCUUGGCAUCUUCUUUGGUCCUCUUCUUGGGGGCACCCUAGCUGCACCGGCAGAUCAGUAUCCCGGUGCCUUCAAAGACGUUCAGUUUUUCGUUGACUACCCUUAUGCAUUGCCCAGCUUCGUGAUUGGCUUCAUCGGCCUGACCGCAGCGAUCACCAGCUAUUUCUUCGUCGAAGAGACGCUGAAGAGGGAAUCCCAUGCUGAGGGCGAUGAGCCAGCAGCACCAAAGAAAGAAAACCUCACGAUCGCGGAACUCGUCAAGUCUCCCGGUGUUGGCAUCGUACUCUACUGCUACGGUCAUGUCAUGCUUGUUGCUUUUGCAUACACCGCCAUCGCGCCCCUCUUCUAUUUCACCGCUGUCGAGCUCGGCGGGUUCGGCUUUUCCUACAUGCAGAUCUCACUCAUGAUGGCCGUCAAUGGCAUCGCUCAAGCUCUGUGGCUGCUGGUUAUCUUUCCACCUCUGCAGCAUCGCAUAGGAACCAACGGGGUCAUGCGAGCCUGCGCCUACGUGUACCCCUUGUUCUUCUUCAUUUGCCCGCUCGGGAAUUUAGUCCUCAAGGCCGGCACCCACAACUCGAGCGCAAUAACCUUCUUUUGGAUAUUCGCGCCGAUCGCGCUAGCACUCGGUAGUGGAGUGAGCAUGAGCUUCACUGGUAUCCAGCUGGCCUUGAACGAUGUUUCUCCUAGUCCUCAGGUCCUCGGGACCAUCAAUGCGCUGGCGUUGACGGGCAUCAGCGUCAUCCGAGCCUUCUCGCCGGCCCUGUUCACGAGUCUUUUCGCAAUUGGCGCGCGGACUCAAUUUCUCUGGGGAGAAGCUAUUUGGGUUUUGUUGAUUUUGCUUAUUUUGCCCUAUAUCUAUGCCGUUAGGCAUCUUCCCGAGAAAGAGGACUUGCAGAAGGCACGGCAACAAGCUGAGCGGAGUGAGGCAAAUCAGUCUACCUCUUGA